CUUGAUGUCACCGGGUUCCAUUCUUUCCACCAUGAUGGGCCUUUUGACGCCUGUACGCCCCACCGCAACAAGAAGGCCGGCAAGUUGGCUCCGGUGAAUGCUUUCCCUGUGGACGGGCCUAAUUCGUCGAUCAAGGGGAUGGGCUUUGCCAACGCUUCGAACGAGGCAGAGGCAAAGAGCCAGACCAUGGACCGUAUGUUUGGGCAAACAAACUUCGCGGAGGAUGGCCCGCUCCAAAGAGCCCCGAUUGGCCAGUCCAACGAGUCUGUGGACACUUUACAGCAGUAUAAUGCGUUGAAGAAGCAGUACAAUAGCCAGAUCACCAGUUUCGACUCCACGCUCAAAGCCGAGCCGAUCCAUGGCGACACCACCUACGGCUUGGGUUCGCUGACAUUCCUUGAGGGUGCGCCUGCCCCACGCAAGACACAGUUCGAGGAGCCAUCCUUCCAUGAGGGUGGUUUAGGCCGCAAGAAGAGCUUGAGCCAGCGGUUGAGGAAGAACUCGUCAUCCGGCGAGGCCGCACAGAGAAACUCCGGUGCCGAGAGCGACAAUGUGAUCGAAGGUGCCGGCAGCAGCUUAUUGAGAAGAGUCAAGAGUUUGAAAGUGAGUAGGAGAUAG